UCGUCGAGAUUUCCGUUCGGGACCAGAUGCGCUUUUACGCACUCCGUUCACAGCCUUCACAUUCCGCGCGCUUUUUUACGCACGCUGGAUAUUUGACUCCUCGGUUCUCGGCACGAUGUCAAACGUCAGUAAAGCGCAUUAUUCUAUAGGAGCAGGCUGUGUGUCAUUCAUUUUGGGCUUCUGAGAGGGACCGUUUGUUUCUCGUCGCGGGAGAUGAAAUGACAAACCUAUUAAGGGCUUCACUUGUGUUUGCUUAGACUUUCUUUCCACAUUCCUUUAAAUCUGUCAAAGACGGAUUCAGGAUUCGCCACAAAGACGUCGGUCUCCGCGAAACUAUAUCUUUCAAUCAAAAUAAGACCAGUCGAAAGGAGGGUGAUGAUGAUGUCUUUCCCGUUCCUUUACGCGCUGUGCAUGUGGAUGAGUUUAGUGUGUCCUUCGUUGGGAACAGGGUUUGUGUAUCGCUUUCCCGGCAUCACUGUGCAGCGGCAGCGGAUCAAAUCGGAGCAGAGCGGCAACUCGGGACCACCAGGCACCAGGUCAAGCAACCAACUCAGGAACUGGUGUCAGUACACUGUUUCCAAAACAGUCUCCUGUCAGGUGCACAAUGGGACAGAAACCUCAGUGCAGAGAGUUUUUCAGGGAUGCCGAUGGCCCGGACCCUGCUCCAAAGUCAUCAGCUACAGGACCCUGAUCCGGCCGUCCUUCAAGGUGGCCUACAAGCAGGUCACUGCACUGGAGUGGAGAUGCUGCCCGGGGUUUGUGGGAGAAGAGUGUCGUGAGGAAUGUCUGAACUGUACCAGCUUCACUGACAUGAACAGCAGAAUAAACGCCAUUGAAUCGAAGAUCAAGCUUUUAGAAGAGGGACGUUCAUCCUUGUUGAAAGUCAACAAUUUACCAGAGGGCUCGACAGACAAUGAGGUGGAUGCACCCCAACCCACUCCUAUUGCACCACCGUCAUACCUGCCACAAGGAAAUCGAGGGCCUCCUGGACCAAUCGGACUGCCAGGUUCUGCUGGACCUCCUGGUCCUGUUGGAAGAGCAGGCCUACCUGGACCCACAGGACCAAAAGGUGGCAGAGGUCUACUAGGUGAAGCUGGACUCCCCGGCCCUCCUGGUCCACCGGGUGCUCCGGGGCCGAGCUCCUUUCCCGUCAGAGAGCGGGGUGAUGUUUUUCAUGUGGACAAUCAAGAGGAGUUCCACGUCAGUCCAGCUCUCACUCCUCCUGAGAUUGUUGCCGGACCUCCUGGUCCAGCGGGUCCAGCUGGUCCUGUCGGCCCCUCAGGACCUCCAGGACUGCAAGGACUGCAAGGACUGCAAGGACCUGCAGGGAUAUCAGGCCGCCCUGGACAAGAUGGUAAAGAUGGCCCCCAAGGCAAGUCUGGCAGUCUCGGGUCUAAAGGAGAUCCAGGGGAAAAGGGAUCUCCAGGUGUGACAGGCCAGCAGGGUCUACCUGGAGCACCAGGGCCAAAAGGAGAGCCUGGAGAAGGCUUGAAUGAGGGCGAGGCCGUGCAGCAGCUCAGGGAGGCCCUGAAAAUACUGGCUGAGAGGGUCCUGAUCCUGGAGCACAUGAUCGGCAUUCAUGAUAACUCUGAAGGAUCUGGAUUUGGAAGCAUAUCGGACCCCCUCUCUUUCUCUACUAUAAAGAUCAAGCGCCUUCAGCCUGUUCAGACCCCUCCUCUAUCACCGGCACUGGGGGAGAGACAAAGGCGAACGUCCCUUUGAGAGUGUAGUCUCAUUUUGUAUGUAUUGUGUACAAUAGUAAUGGAAGUUGCAGAUAUUGCUUGACUGGACGUACAAUAUUUGUUUAUUUCAUGUGUCUCGUGCUGAUUUUAUUACAAUCUUUUUGCCUUUUAUUGUUUUGUUUACUAUGAAUGAGUACAGCUGUAAAACAAGGCUCUUUGCAGGCUUGAGAUGCUGAGCAUUUCAUCCACAUGGACGGGUUUUUGACUCUGUUAAUCCUACAUUACUUUAGCAACCGUACUUGUACUGUACGAUGUUGCAUGAAGAAAUAUAGUCUCGUAAAAUGUCAUGAAGCUUUUGGCAUAUUUCUCAAACCUGUUAACCUGUCAAACAUAUUUCUUCAUUUUUGCUUCUCCCUGUCUCUGUCUUGUUAAAACUGAGGUAAGACAAGACAAGCUGCCAAGAGUAUCUGCUUAAAAUAAAGUUAGGUGAAACGAAUAACAUCUGGAGAACACACAUCUGGAUCUCGAAAAAGGAAAAAGAUGCUGAAGCUGUUGAGUUUUGGCCUGGAAGCCACAAACCACUUUGUCCCCAGUGCACCUCCAGCAGACUGGCUGUUUGAGCUCCAGACCUGAAAAGAUUUCAUGGACUUUUACACAAACUGCCUCUGAGAUUUGUUUCCAAACUGGUAUGAUUAUUGUACAAUAAGUCUCAGAGUCUUUUGGCCCCUGAGUAUAAAGCUUGUUACAACUUUUGUUUUCUCCAUCACAAGGUUCAUCUGUGAAGGAAUCGUUUUGAAUAUGUGCUUUUUUCUUUUUAACAGAGAACUAAAGAGAAUAUUUUUACUACUCAAGAUCAUAUGCUAAAUAUGUUAGUGCAAAGACUGGCAACAUGGAGAAGGUGCUAUAGGCUGGCUCUGUCCAAAGUAUGACACAGAACAAUUAUCAGGACGCUCAUUAUGACAACAAUACUGCGUUAGAGUCAAAUUAUUUACCCUCAAAUAUUUACAAAGGAAGGACGGAAAAGUCUCCUACUGACUGUAUUUCUCUAUUUAGAGAACUUCAACUGCAACAUCUCAGACAAGAUAAAAAGAUCUAUACUGACGUGUUAAAGAGACCUUAUUAUAAUUAUAAUUAUUAUAAUUAAUACCAAUUAAUUGGUAUGCUUGUGUAACAUUUUUCAUAAAACGUUAUUUAAUUGGAGUUAUACAAUGCAACUAUGUGUCUAGUUCAAACUGAACACCCAACAAACAGCACGAGGCAGACCCAGCCUUCAGACAUUCAGGGUGCGUGUUAAGUUUUGAAUGAUGAAAGAAAAAAGGAUGAGUUUUUUGGGUGGGGUCAGAAAACACUACUUUCACAUGCACAGGAUAAAAAUAAAAAAGAGAUUAGAUGUAGGUUACCUCUUUGACCACGCAGGUGCCGAGAUCGGACCUCCCCCCACAUCACCACACACACACACACACACACACACACACACACACACACACAAACACCACCACGGCUACUUAGAAUCAAAGACAACAAGACGUGAAUGGAUGCCAAUGUUGAUUUCACGCUUCUGUCACCAUGUGUGAACAAUCUAAAGCCAGACUACUGGGCAGCUUCUUUUUCUCCUUGAUUUAACAUUUCUUAAAUUCAGACUUCACAAAGUCACUGCUCCCACAGAAGAAAUAGUGGCAGCCAAACGAAA